CCGAUGACGAAUAUUCACUGGACCUACACUGUUUAGGCGAUACGUUCUUGUUUAAUAUUGGAGUUGGGCAAAACAACACGAAAGCAUUCAGUGUGGCGUGGAACCUCCGAUACAACCAUGUGAUGGCAAUACACAAUCUGGCUUCAAACGGAGAAGGUAUUCAAAAAAACGAACAGACAGCGUUUUUAUUACUUCAAGUCGCAGCGAGGAGAAGUAAAAAUGCCGAGACGUGUCAUCUACUAGGAACGUUUUACAAAAGGGGGUACGGCGUGGACGCCGACUACG